AUGGAUAUAGAAAAAAAGAUUUCCUCGAUAUCCAGAACAGUCGGAGGAUGGCUAGAAGAAUUCAGAUACAUAGCGUCGAUAGCCCUAAAUUUCCUGGAGUGCUUCCUCUAUGCACUUGUUGGGAUUAUUUGUUUAACAUACUGUGAAGGAUCUCUAGAUAAUGUAUAUUGCAAGUAUAUUUCGUGUGCUCUAGUUGCAAUGGGCAUAGUAGAUGGGCUUCACAAGGUUCCCACCACAUAUAUAAUAAAGCAUAGCAAGCCCAAGAAAGGGUCCUACAAAGAUAAAAUAAUCAGAUGGAUGAGGGAAUUGCGUAAGUUUUUCAUUAGAAACAAGUUGAAUGUAGUGAUAGAUUUUUUUGGAAUUUUGAUGAUGUUUUUCGCAAUAAUGGUUAUGAUGCUUUCAAUGUGGAAUGCUGGUCAUUCUGCCAUCAGCCAAAGGAGUGCCCGCGAUAUUUCCUUAGGCACGCUGAAAAGCUCUUCAGGGCUUUACAACUUGCUAUCUCUCCUUUAUUCUCUUUAUAAUCUUGUGAUGCAGGGAUACCAGUACAUAUCUGGCUUCAAAGAGCGCGGGACAUAUUCGAAUACUUCAGGGAUUGUUAUCCGAUUUGAAGAUGACGAGGAGGAGUUUCAUGGAAUAGACAAGGAUCCGUUUUCUAGUAUGCCCAUGAUCACGGUUACAGAGGUGGUUUUUAUGCUAAUCUUUAUUGUUUGGGGAUUUUGGAGUGGAGGGUCUGAUUACAUAAAGAAGGCAUUUGUAUUCAGCACUGUUAUACGGAAGGUGGUGACCUCCGUACUACAGUACAUGGCACCAUUUUUCCGACAUUCUGGGAGCAAAAACGUGAUACUUCUACCUAUUAUCUUUAUAUCUCUUUUAUCUCUUUGUUCGUAUAUUGGCGGAUUGAAUACAAAUGUAGCGGCAAAUAAUAACCCUGCAUGA